AAGGUUAAUCUGCACAUGCUCAGCUUAGAGAGAAUGUUUAAAAGAACAGGGGAAAACAAGCAGGGGAAGCACGUGCAGAGCGCGCGCGCAGGUGCUCAGCUCCUCGUGUUGGGGCAGAUGUGUGAAGCAACAAUUUCAUGUCAGUUUUCUGUUUAAUCCCGAGUUUGUUUGUUUUUUGUUUUGAUUUCCCGCGAAGUAUCGCGGCGAAAUAAAGCUUUGAUCUCCAAAAAGUAUGUUAAAGAGAGGAAACUGCCUCAGGUAGCAGGUCUUUGGCGCAUGCGUAACAGUGCGCAGAGAUGAGAAAACGCAGGUUCCUUACAAAGAAAGAAAGAAAAGUAAAAAGAAAUUUGAAAUGAAAACAGGAAAUAAAGUUUCUGGAGGCUAUAUUUCAAUUAAGUUCAGGCCUCCUGGACACAUCUGAUGCGUAAAUACGCGCCGGAACCGAGAAAAAGAUCCGCAUCUUUGUGCCAAAGCUCCAUGACUUGAAAAGCCGCGAGGCGUGAAGCGGUUAUGUAAAUAUCUCUAAGUGCAGCUGGCAUCAGUGCGUAAUUGGUUUCCACCUUAAACAAUGAAUCCAUUAUUGUAGAUUAAUGGAUUCCUUUGAGAGUAAGCCACCUCCCACCAAGAGCUUCGGCCUCCGGGAAGUCAACCCCAGCUCAAUUUCUGUCUUCAAAUCGACAUUUCCCUUGUUUAAAGGAUUUCUCAAGGUGCUGGAAGCACGUUACACCACAGCUGCUCCACAGAAAAGCAUCUGCAGAAACGUUGAUUCUCCUGGAUUUGAGCUUUUAUUGCCAGACGCGGAGACAAUGGACUUGUUAACGUCGCCAUUAGUGUUCCUUUACAUUGGCUGAUUGCUGAUUUACAUUAGCGGCCAAAUAGCAUCUUUACUGCUGUUUACUGAGGGUAUGGGGGCACUGGAGGGGACUGAGGGGGGCUCUCAUAUAAAGUCUGUAGCCUUCAGGACUGGUCAAACUCUCCGACUCUGAGCUGCGUCCUCCAGCCGUCCGGGAAUCUGCUCCUCCAAGCGCACAGAUGCGGCCCUUCCUGAUCAGCCUGUGCGCGCUCCUGUGCGUCGCCGCCGCGCGCCCUUCUCCUCGGCAUCCUUUCAACGAUUUUCCCGCCGAUGCCGAGUCAGAGGAAGUUCGCUCUGCAGCCAUCAAGAGACUUUUGGAGGUUUUUGGCAUGGAGGACCCCCCCGCCGUCCACGGACACAAGCAGCCGCCCCAGUACAUGCUGGAUCUGUACAACACUGUGGCGGAUGUGGACGGCGUGACCAGAGACCCCUCCCUCCUGGAGGGGAACACUGUGCGCAGCUUCUAUGACAGACUGCGCAGUGAGCAGGUGGAGUUCCGCUUCAACCUGUCGAGUGUCGCAAAAACCGAGAAGAUCCUCACGGCGGAGCUUCAUCUGUUCAAGCUCAGACCUCAGGCCACGCAGACGUUCAACCGGCACCACUUCUGCCAGGUCAGCAUCUACCAGCUGAUGGAGAGCAGCAGGAGCAACAGCACGCAGGAGAAGAAGCUGCUGUCCGCCAGACUCCUCCCAGUUCACUCCUCUGGCUGGGAGGUCUUCACCAUCACUCCAGCUGUCCGGUCCUGGAUGACAGAGGAGGGCAGUAACCUGAGGCUCCAUGUGGUGGUUCAGACUCUGGGGGGAAGUCAGGUGGACCUGAAGCUGAUCCGCUUCGCUUCAGGACGCCACCACCACCCGAGCAAGCAGCCCAUGUUGGUCCUCUUCACUGAUGAUGGCCGUCAGUCCGCCACCCUGGAGAGCUCAGACUCUGGGGAGUCCACCUCCACCCUCCCCCAGUUCCCCAUGUCCUCUCCGUCUUCUCGCUCCGCCCGCUCGGUGGACUACAGCGAGGACCACGGCGUGCCCAAGCCCUGCCAGCGCUUGCCCCUCUACGUGGACUUCGAGGAGAUCGGCUGGUCGGGCUGGAUUGUGUCGCCGAGGGGCUACAACGCCUACCACUGCAAAGGCUCCUGCCCGUUCCCUCUGGGUCAGAACAUGAGGCCCACCAACCACGCCACCGUCCAGUCCAUCAUCAACGCCCUGAAGCUGGUCCGAGGCAUCGAGACGCCGUGCUGUGUGCCGGACAAACUGCACUCCAUCAACCUGCUGUACUUUGAUGAUGACGAGAACGUGGUGCUGAAGCAGUACAACGACAUGGUGGCUGGGAGCUGCGGCUGCCACUGACCAUGAGCGCGCACGUGCACACGCACACAGCCAGCAUCACUCUGAGGCCGCACUAACAGGCAAACCUGAGCAAAGAUUGUAAAAUAUGUAAAUAUUCAUAAAUAUUAAUAUAUGUUUAUGACAGAUGUGUUAUUUACACAAAUGUAAAUGUGUAUAUUGUGUUUUCUGCUGAGUGGGAUUGUAGUUUGAAUAAAGGUCAAAUGACAGAAUGUUUUUUUUGUUAUUUUAAAAAAUCCGCUCAAAUGAUAAACAUGAUAAACUUUAAACAAUUUAAAAAAUGCAUUAGUAAACUGAAUUAUGAUUCAUACCAUGUACAAAAGUAUUAUUCAUUCAGGUGAAUAAUUGUUGGGAGCCUGCUGUUGCCAGGUUCCCCCAGCAGAGGGCGCCGCUGUGCUCUGAGAGGACAGAGCCAGUCAGUCACCUGGUGCAGGUGAGGAGGUCAAAGUUACCUUCAGAGGGGCAGGUGAAGCUGUCUGAAUAAAAAGUUUAAAGACAUUUUUUAAAUUUACUUUGACUAAAAGUUUUUCUUUGCAAUAAAGUUGAAUAGAAAGUGAAUCUGAACCGUCGUCUCGGUGACUUUUGACCUCUUGUCAGCCGAACUUCAGCAGAACCGCGUUCUUGAUUCACAAGCACACCCA